AUGUCGAAUUCGAAAGUAGUGUAUGAAGGGUGGAUGGUGCGUUAUGGGAGGAGGAAAAUCGGGAGAUCUUUUAUACAUAUGCGGUAUUUUGUGCUGGAAUCGAGAUUGCUUGCUUAUUACAAGAGGAAGCCUCAAGAUAAUGUGGUUCCAAUCAAGACAUUGGUUAUCGAUGGCAACUGUAGAGUGGAGGACCGAGGGUUAAAAACCCAACAAGGACUUAUGGUGUAUGUUUUGCUUAUAUACAACAAGAAAGAGAAAUACCAUCGGAUGACUAUGGCAGCUUUUAACAUCCAAGAGGCACUUAUCUGGAAAGAAAAAAUAGAAUCUGUUAUCGAUCAGCAUCAGGAGUCCCUAGCUGCUAAUGGGAAUAAAUAUCAGUCUUUUGAGUAUAAAUCUGGAAUGGAUAGUGGAAGAAAUGCUUCCUCAUCAGAUCAGGAAAGUCAGUAUAGUGCUGCUGAAGAUGAAGAUGAUUCAAAUCCAAGCUUACUUCGAAGAACAACAAUUGGAAAUGGUCCUCCUGAAUCUAUAUUGGAUUGGACUCAAGAAAGUUCUACAUUAGCAAGCCAAAAUGCAACUAAUCAAGCAAUUUCUAGGAAACACUGGAGGCUUCUUCAAUGCCAGAAUGGACUUCGUAUCUUUGAAGAGCUUCUUGAAGUUGAUUUUCUUCCAAAGAGCUGUAGUAGGGCUAUGAAAGCUUCUGGUGUUGUGGAAGCCAGUUGUGAAGAAGUAUUUGAGCUUAUAAUGAGUAUGGAUGGAACACGUUCUGAAUGGGACUGUAGUUUCCAGGAUGGUAGCCUAGUUGAGGAGGUGGAUGGACAUACAGCUAUUCUUUAUCACAGGCUUCAGCUCGAUUGGUUCCCAACGUUUGUAUGGCCACGGGACCUUUGUUAUGUGCGAUACUGGCGCAGAAACGAUGAUGGUAGUUAUGUUGUGCUGUUUUGCUCAAGAGAGCAUGAAAACUGUGGCCCACAACCAGGAUAUGUUCGGGCUCAUAUUGAGAGUGGAGGGUUUAAUAUUUCUCCAUUGAAAGCUCGAAAUGGGAGGCCAAGAACACAGGUUCAGCAUCUAAUGCAGAUUGAUCUGAAGGGAUGGGGUGUGGGUUAUGUGUCAUCAUUUCAGCAGCAUUGUUUGCUACAAAUGUUAAAUAGUGUUGCUGGACUUCGGGAAUAUUUUGGUCAAACAGAUGGAAGGACUGUUCCUCCAAGAAUUCCAGUUAUGGUUAAUAUGGCAUCAUGUAAUCUUCCAUCAAAGGAGACGCAUAAAAACCAGAUGACUUCCAUUCAUGAUCGAAAUCAGUCCCUAGAUAAUGCUGCAAAAAUGAUGGAUGAAUACUCAGAUGAAGAUGAAGACUUCCAAAUCCCUGAUGAAGAGGCAUAUCGUGUUGAGCAGGAGAUGAAAAGGGCAGAAGUUGUUCAAGAAGAAGCUAUUGUUGAAAUGGACUUGUCCUGCUUUUCGGGCAACCUUAGGCGAAAUGACAAUGAAAGUGGGCGUGAUUGUUGGAGAAUAUCUGAUGGGAACAACUUUAGAGUGCGUAGUAAGCGUUUUUGCUAUGAUAAAUCAAAGAUGCCUGGAGGCAAACAUCUUAUGGAUCUUGUUGCUGUCGACUGGUUUAAAGACACCAAAAGAAUGGACCAUGUUGCUAGACGCCCAGGUUGUGCAGCACAAGUUGCUGCUGAAAAAGGGCAUUUUUCCAUGGUGUUCAAUCUCCAAGUACCUGGUUCCACAAACUACAGCAUGGUUUUCUAUUUUGUGACCAAGGAAUUAAUACCCGGAUCUCUUGUGCAACGUUUUGUUGAUGGUGAUGAUGAGUUUCGUAAUAGCAGGAUGAAACUCAUACCAUCAGUCCCCAAGGGAUCCUGGAUUGUACGACAGAGUGUUGGAAGCACACCUUGCUUACUUGGAAAAGCAGUUGACUGUAACUACAUCCGUGGUGCCAAUUACUUAGAAGUUGAUGUUGAUAUUGGUUCUUCUACUGUAGCUAAUGGUGUAUUGGGUCUUGUAGUUGGUGCAAUCACUAGCCUUGUUGUGGACAUGGCUUUCCUUGUACAGGCAAACACUAUAGACGAGUUGCCAGAGAGACUAAUUGGUGCUGUUCGUGUUUCCCAUUUAGAGCUAUCAUCUGCUAUUGUUCCAAAGUUGGAACCUGACACAAGUUAA